UUUAAUUAUUCCGCUUCUGGAUAUUUUUACUUUCAGAACCACCAUAUAACAAAAUCGUAUGCAAAUGAAAUAUAUUGUAAUUAAAUUUAGUUUUGUUGGUGAUAUAACGGACAGAGUAUUCUGGUACUGAUAGAUAUUUCGAACUAUUUUCAAUCACGGAAAGUUAUCAGUAAGUUUUUUACAUUCAGACGGACACCUGUUUUCCAUGACAGCGUCUCGAGAAGUUUGGAACUUUUGAAAAAUAAUGUCAGAAUAAAAUCAUGGAUGACGAGCGAAUAGAUUGGAUACGGCACCAAGUUUAUCUUGGUCUAGACAUUAACGAAACAGAUCUAGAGGUUUUUGAAGAACUAUUAGAUCGUGAUGAUGGUGUUUGGGAAAGAGAGCUGGGGAAAUUUUUGAAUGACACUCCAGAAGAAAAUGAAUCGUCGAUUGUUUUCUAUAAAAUCACGAAGGAGGAAGAAGAGGAAGUAGAAGUUGAAUGUGAGCCUGAGAUCCCAGAUAUAACACAAGAAGAAGAGGCUGCAGAAGGUGAAGGUGGUGAACAAGCUCAGGGCGAUGCAGCACCAGCAGAGGAUGCUGAACCCAAAGAGCAAGCCCUAGGAGUUUCUACCCCCACAGGCGAGGCUGAGGAAGGUGCAAAGAAAGGUGCAAGUGGUAAGAAGAGGCGUAAAGCCAGCACACCAGGAGGUGAGGCCAAGUCUGAAACUCCUACACCAAAACCUGAGGCACCUACACCUGAAGUAGCUGAAUCAAAGAAUGAAGAGGAAGAAGAAGGUGAAGGGGAAGAUCAAGAGGAAGAGGACAAGGCCCCUAGAACAAAAAUAGUUGUGCAGAAAGUGUUGAGAACAUACCUGUACAUGUGUUACCAGCAUCUACCAGAGGAAUUUGCUGAUCAUGACAGCAUGUACUUUAUACGUAACACACCUGGUAUGGUGCCUCUACCCAAUACCAAGGAAGAAGCCCAGGAAAGUUUACCUAACUACUUUGAGAUGGGAAUUUUGAAUGGACAUUCACUUGUCAUGUUGGAGCACAUUAUUGCCCAGGUGUACAUGCCCCUGCUAUCAUACAACCAGCACAGAAAUGGUGAAGUAAAAGAGGGCAAAAGUCGCCCAGAGACUCGGACUGACACCCGGGCAUCACAUAAAACUGAAGAGGAAGAUAACAAAGAAGGUGAAAAGAAAGUGAAUGUCGCAGAGUCUCGUGCUAAAGCCAUGUUAAGAGAUGAAUUUCUCAUCAGUAUGCAGAAGUUUUCAGCAAGUAUUACUCGUACAAUUCAGCAGAUUGAGGGAGAAGUAAGACUAGAAGUUCCGGAGAUGGAACUUGGUGACAAUAUUGAUGAAAUUGUAGCCAACUCUGAACUGAUGGACCAGAUUAGAGAAGUUUGUCAUGAAUGGACAAAACAGAUCAGAGGUGCACUAGAACUUCAGCUGAAGAAAGUCCCACAUGGUAAAGGUCCUUUGGCAGAGAUUGAUUUCUGGAGGGAGCGUAAUGCAGCCUUGAGUGCUCUUACAGAACAGCUUAAAAUCCCGCAGGUUGCUAAAAUGUUAGAAGCAUAUUCCCACCUUGAGGCUGACUUUGAUGAUGUUAAAUCUGAACUGAAUAAAUAUUAUGUAGAAGCUAAAGACAAUGUCAGAUUUCUUUCAACCCUUGAACGACAUUUCAAGAACAUAGCUCAUGGAGCAACAUUUCAGGUAGUCAUAGAAACAAUACCGUCAAUGAUGAAUGCGUUACGUAUGGUGUGGAUUAUUUCCCGACAUUAUAACAAAGAUGAGAGAAUGGUUCCGUUGAUGGAAAGAAUUGCAUGGGAGCUGGCUGAAAGAGUUGAUAAAGUCAUUAACAUCAGGAAUAUCUUCAAAGAUACAACUGAUGAAGUUAAGAGAAGAACUUCUGAGGCAAAGAGAAUGUUGCAGGUAUGGAAGGAAAGUUAUUUUGAGGUUAGAGCAAAGAUCGAGCAGUCUGGACGAGAUCAAAGAUGGGAGUUUGAUAGAAAGAAGCUGUUUGAGAGGACUGACUAUAUGUCUAAUAUCUGCCAGGACCUAUAUGAUGUUGCUCAGGUGCUAGAAGAGUUUUACAACAUAUUUGGACCAGAGUUGAAGGCAGUUACAGGAGAUCCAAAACGUAUUGAGGAAGUACUUGUGAGAGUUGAUGCCCUUGUAACCCCACUGGAGGAGGUUGCCUUUGAUCCUUUUGUUAUCCGCCACUCCUCUUCAUGGAAGAGUGUUAUGGACCACUUCAACAGGGAGGUUGUUGCCAUUGAAAAUGAAGCAAAGAUGUUUAUAGACGAGUCCUUCCAGUCACUGAGAUCUGCCGAGGGAGCAUUUAACCUGCUCCUGAAAUUCAAACAUAUCCGAUCUCGUGAGGCCAUUAAUGCUCAGAUGAUGCAGAAGUUUCGUGAUAUCUUAGUACAGUAUCAGAAAGAGGUGGACACUAUGGAGAAUUUGUUUAUGACACAGAGAGAUUCACCACCUCUACACAAGAACCACCCUCCUAUAGCUGGCUCUAUUUACUGGGAGAGAUCCCUGUUUCAUCGUAUCAAACAUGUCAUCAUUAGAUUCCAGUCAAUGGAAGAUAUGAUGCAGAGUGACAUGGGCAAGGCGACAAGAGCUAAGUACCUGAGUGUAGGUAAACAAAUGAAGCAGUAUGAGGACAGUCGAUACGAACAAUGGCGGGAACAUGUAGAACAAAUCCUACCUUCGUUACUGAAGAGGAACCUUAUCAUCAAACCUACACAUGCUCAACAAGUACAGCUACAACAACAACAACAGAAUGAGGAAGGUGCAUCAUAUAUGGUUGACUUUGAUCCAAUGUUAGCUGAGAUAGUUUCUGAGACUAAGUACAUGGAGCAGCUAGGCUUCUCUGUACCAGAGCUUGCCAGAAAUGUUGCCCUUCAGGAUGAGAAGUAUAUAAAGUAUGUAGAAAGUUUGACCCACAUGUUACAAAGAUAUAACAGGCUACUGGCCAGUCUUGAUCAUGCAGAGAGUGUAUUGUUAGAGGACCAUGUACGUGAAUUGCGACGUGUAAUUCGUCCCGGUGCUAAACGUCUGAACUGGAACUCCCUGGGUAUCAAAGAUUACUGCCAUAAAUGUGAACAAGCUAUAGCCAAGUUUGAGUCACUCGUGAAUCAGAUACAGAAGAAUGCCAAGGACAUUAAUCAACGUCUUGUGAUGAUUGAGAAUGCCAACCUCUUCAAGUCACCUCCACAGAAAUACCCAGACACACUGCCUGGUUGCAAGGAAUAUUUCGAGCAUAUAGAACGAGAACGGUCCAAGGACAGCGAGAUUCUUGCAAGGAAAUAUAGAGCUAUAGGUCCACUCCUUACAAAGAUGGAGGGUCUCGUUGUACAUACAAACUCUGGGAAAUCUCCCAAGUUACAUCAGUAUUAUGCUCACUGGGAGAAGAAAGUCUAUGAGGCACUGUUGAAGUUGGUUCUAAAUAAUCUGAAGAGAUUUGAGAUUGCUUUGAGAUCUGAGAAGCCACUGUUUCAAGUGGAGACCCUUCUAGCAGCACCCGAUGUUGUCCUACAUCCCCAGGCCAACGAGGUGUAUAAGCUCACACUUCAAUGUGUCAGAGACUGUGUUGAAUGCACAAAGCUGUUUGUGCGCUGGAUGAAUGGUACAUGUAUAGAAUGUCAGCCGCAGAAAGUGGAGGGCGAGGAUGAGCUGUAUCAGUUUACAUUCUUCACCGAUAUAUCCGUGAACAACGAGACAAUCGACACGGUGCAGACUAUACACUAUAACAUCAAGAAUACACUCACUAACAUGCAGAGAUACCUUAACAGGUGGAAGAAAUACAGGAGCAUCUGGAAGGUGGACAAGCAAGCCCUUGCAGACCGCUGGUUUCAGAAGGACCCAACUGUUGUAUCGUUUGACAACAAACUGCAGUAUUACUUCAAGACAAUAGAUGAAGUAGAGACUAUACCCGUAGUAAAGGAUCAGGAAUGUAUCAGACUAUACAUGGGUCCACUAGCUUCAUCUGUCAAAGAGCAUGCCAAACAAUGGAUUGGAUGUCUUGGUAAAUUGUUGAGAGAUUCGGCCAAGGAUAAUCUAUUCCAGCUCAGUGACAACCUAGAUACCAAGUCAGAUGAUUUAGAGCAGACUCCAAGCACACUUGAGGACCUGAAGUUUGUGUUGACUACAAUCUCCGACAUUAAAGCCAUGUCACUAGAGGUAGAGGACAAGAUUCGAGAUAUACAAGAGAGAUACAGGACACUCUCCAUGUAUGACAUCGAGGUUACGGAUCAAGAGAAAGAAUUACAAUGGAAGAUGCCACAGAUGUGGGAAGAUCUUGUCUGGAAAUCUAAAAAUGUUGAUGCUAGUCUCUUUGCCGUCAAGAAAAAAUUCAAAGAGAUAACACAAGAGCAGAUAAAGGGUUUCAGUGGGGAACUGAAGGAGUUUGCUGACAGAUUCUACUUGGAAGGACCUGGUGCUGUUGGACCUAAUCUUGACAAGGGUGUUGAGCUGAUGAAAGCAUAUCGUGUGGAGGUGAACAAGUACGAGGCAGAACGUCAAGAGUUAGCCAAUGCUGAGAAGCUGUUUGAUCUACCAAUAACAAUGUACCCGGAUCUUCAACAAGUACAGAAACAGAUGAAAGGUCUUGAGAUGAUCUAUGCCCUGUACGAGGAACAACAGGCUGCCAGGGAGCAAUGGUCAGAGACAUUGUGGGCCAAUUUGAACAUCCAGAUUCUACAGGAUGGUAUUGAAUCUUUCUUGAAGAACUUACGUAAGAUGCCACGUGAUGUGAGACAGAUGCCCGUAGCUCGAUCAUUAGAGGAGAAGAUGAAGGAGUUCAGAGAUUCACUGCCCUUGUUUGUUGACCUGAAACAUGAGGCUCUCAGAGAUCGUCAUUGGAAAGAGUUGAUGACAAAGACCGGACAGAAGUUUGAUAUUAACCCAGAGACAUUUACCCUGGCAAACAUCUUUGCUAUGGAGUUACAGAGAUACCAUGAAACCAUUGGAGAAAUUGUCACCAUGGCUAGCAAGGAAAUGGGAAUAGAAAAGGGAGUGAAAGAAAUAGAGGAAACAUGGAACAGUAUGAAGUUUACUGUUGUACCAUACAUGAAAGGAACAUCACAUCGUGGCUUUAUUCUCGGAGCCAUUGAUGAGAUUGUACAGAGUUUGGACGACAGUUCCAUGAACUUACAGAGUAUGUCUGCAUCAAGAUUUAUUGGUCCAUUCUUGAACAGUGUACAGAACUGGGAGAAGAGUCUGUCACAUAUCUCAGAAGUUCUUGAUGUAUGGAUGGUUGUUCAGAGAAAGUGGAUGUAUCUAGAGGGUAUCUUUAUUGGAGGAGAUAUCAGAUCACAGCUACCAGAGGAGGCCAAAAAGUUUGACCAGAUUGACAAAACAUUCAAAAAGAUUAUGACUGACACUCAUAAAGUACCGACAAUCAAGCUGGCAUGUCACGCCCAGAAUCGUCUACAAGAUCUCGAGGCACUCAGUAUGGGUCUUGAGAAAUGUCAGAAAUCUCUGAAUGACUACCUUGACUCCAAGAGAAAUGCCUUCCCAAGAUUCUUCUUCAUUUCUGAUGAUGAAUUGUUGAGUAUAUUGGGUAGCAGUGACCCUGAGUGUGUCCAGGAACACAUGAUAAAGAUGUUUGACAACAUCUCAUCACUGAGGUUCAGUAAGGGAAACAACAAUGAGGCUCUGGCUACAGCCAUGAUAUCAGCUGAGGGUGAAGUGAUGGACUUCCGUACCCAGGUGUCAGCUGAGGGUCGUGUUGAAGACUGGAUGACAAGUAUGCUGGAGGAGAUGAGGGCUACUAACAGGUUGAUCACCAAGGAGGCUAUCUUCUUCUAUUGUGAAAGCAAGAAAAGGGUAGAAUGGAUGAUGGGGUACCAGGGCAUGGUGUGUCUUGCUGGGAACCAGGUAUGGUGGACCUGGGAGGUAGAAGAUGUAUUUAACAAGGUGAAGAAAGGACAGAAAACAGCACUGAAAGAUUAUGCUAAAAAACUUCAUGGUCAGAUUGACGAACUUGUAAUAACUAUCCGUUCACAACUGUCAAAGAAUGACAGAUCCAAGUUUAACACUGUAUUGAUUAUAGACGUACAUGCUCGAGAUAUCAUUGACAGCUUUGUCAGAGACAGUAUCAUGGGGGCUAACGAGUUUGAGUGGGAAUCUCAGCUGAGAUUUUACUGGGUGAAGGAACCAGAUGAGCUGUUAGUAAGACAAUGUACAGGAGAGUUUGGCUACGGUUACGAGUAUAUGGGUCUUAAUGGACGUCUUGUUAUCACACCACUUACGGACAGGAUCUAUCUUACAAUAACACAGGCAUUGUCCAUGCAGCUUGGUGGAGCCCCAGCCGGUCCAGCUGGUACAGGUAAAACCGAGACCGUGAAAGAUUUAGCUAAAGCUCUUGGUCUGCUCUGCGUUGUCACCAACUGUGGUGAAGGUAUGGAUUACAAGGCAGUUGGUAAGAUUUACUCUGGUCUGUGUCAGUGUGGAGCGUGGGGUUGUUUUGACGAGUUUAAUCGUAUUGACGUCUCCGUGUUGUCUGUCAUCUCUACACAGCUGAAGACAAUUCAAAAUGCUCUCAUCCUGAAACUAAAGAGGUUUCAUUUUGAGGGUGUUGAGAUUAACAUGGAUCUUAGAGUUGGUAUAUUUAUUACCAUGAACCCCGGUUACGCUGGACGUACAGAGUUGCCCGAGUCUGUGAAGGCACUGUUCCGUCCUGUAGUUGUAAUUGUACCAGAUCUGCAACAAAUCUGUGAGAUCAUGUUGUUCUCUGAAGGUUUCCUUCUAGCAAAGGUUUUGGCAAAGAAGAUGACAGUAUUGUACAAACUUGCUAAGGAACAAUUAUCCAAACAAUACCAUUAUGACUUUGGUUUGAGAGCGCUGAAAUCUGUGCUGGUGAUGGCAGGAGAGUUGAAGAGAGGUGCCCCUGAUCUUCAUGAGGAUGUUGUACUGAUGAGAGCUUUGAGAGAUAUGAACUUGCCCAAGUUUGUGUUUGAGGAUGUACCACUCUUCCUUGGUCUUAUUGGUGAUUUGUUCCCUGGUCUUGACUGCCCACGUGUACGUUAUCCAAACUUCAACGAUGCUGUAGAGGGCAUUUUGGAAGAAAACGGUUAUGUUCUCCUUCCUGUACAGGUUGAUAAAGUAGUACAGAUGUAUGAGACAAUGAUGACACGUCACACCACUAUGAUAGUAGGACCUACAGGAGGAGGAAAAUCUGUUGUUAUAAACACACUAGCUCAAGCUCAAACCAGAUUGGGUACUCAUACCAAGUUAUUCACCAUCAAUCCUAAAGACAGAAGUGUGAUAGAGUUAUAUGGUAUACUGGAUCCAAUCACCCGUGACUGGACUGAUGGUCUGCUCUCCAACAUUUUCCGUGAAAUUAACAAACCGACUGACAAGAACGAGAAGAAGUAUAUUGUGUAUGACGGUGAUGUUGAUGCAUUGUGGGUAGAGAACAUGAACUCUGUCAUGGACGACAACAGACUGAUGACACUGGCCAACGGUGAAAGAAUUCGUCUACAGAAACAUUGUGCCAUGUUGUUUGAGGUGUAUGAUCUACAGUAUGCCUCGCCAGCCACUGUGUCUCGAUGUGGUAUGGUUUACGUUGAUCCAAAGAAUCUCGGGUACGAACCUUUCUGGACAAAAUGGUCAAAUUCACGUACAACAAAGGUGGAGAAGGACAACCUACAGAGAUUGUAUGAGAAAUAUGUACCAACAUUGAUUGACAUGGUGAUAGAAGGCGUGGUUGAUGGUCGUCAAGGAGAGAAGAUGAAAACCAUCAUCCCACUUACAAAUCUCAACCUUGUGACACAAUUGUCUCAUAUGUUAGACUCAAUCCUGGUGAAGGAGCUAAUUGAGGCAGAUGAACUAGAGGCAGUAUUUAUACAGUCCUUGAUCUGGUCUAUUGGAGCUGGCCUGGUGGAGGAAGGCAGGAUCAAGUUUGAUGCCCAGGUGAAAACUCUGGCAGCCAUGUCAAAUGUCACGGAUGAUGACAAAACUUUAGCUGGACUUGGGGAGCUCCCUUCAACACAUGAAACUUUGUAUGAAUAUUUCUGGGACUUGGAACAGAAGAAAUGGAUUCCAUGGGCCAAACUUGUACCAAAAUAUGUCCAUGCUCCUGAAAAGAAGUACAAUGAAAUUCUAGUACCUACAAUAGAUACAGUAAGAACAACAUGGAUCCUUAACCUGAUGGUCAGUAUCAAACGCCCAGUUGUGUUGAUAGGAGAGACCGGUACAUCAAAAACUGCAACUAUUGCAGAUUUCCUCCGUAAAAUAGAUCAGGAGUCUCAUCUGUUGUUGAACAUGAACUUUUCUAGCAGAACUACGUCCCUUGAUGUACAGCGUAACUUAGAAGCGAACGUAGAGAAGAGGACAAAAGACAUGUACGGUCCACCACCUGGCAAACGUCUCCUUAUCUUUAUAGAUGACAUGAACAUGCCUCAGGUUGACACAUAUGGUACACAACAGCCUAUUGCCCUGUUGAAACUGCUACUUGAGAGAGGAGGUUGUUAUGAUAGAGGUAAAGAUCUGAACUGGAAGAACAUGAGAGAUAUUGGUUACCUCGCUGCUAUGGGUAAAGCUGGUGGUGGUAGAAAUGAGACAGAUCCAAGAUUUGUAUCUCUGUUCUGUGUAUUCAACAUGACGUUCCCGUCAGAGGAGUCGUUAUUCAAGAUCUAUAAUUCUAUUCUGUCAGGACAUGCACAGGCCCUGUCUGCUGAUAUACAAGGAACUGUCUCAACUAUAACCAGGAUGACAAUGGCUCUUUACAGCAAAAUAAUCAAAGAUCUGCCACCAACACCAUCAAAGUUCCACUACAUUUUCAACUUGAGAGAUUUGUCUCGCAUCUAUCACGGAAUGUGUCUAACAACUUCAGACAGAUUUACUAAGAUUGAUCAGUUUGUACGUGUGUGGAGAAAUGAAUGUCUUCGUGUAAUCAGUGACAGACUGAUCAGUGAUACAGACAAAAACUAUCUAAACGAACAGAUCAAGGAAUUAUUGGAUGAUAAUUUCAAGAUGCAUACAGAGUAUGCCAUGCGUGACCCAUGUCUGUUUGGUGAUUUCCGUACGGCCCUGGAAGAGAGUGAACCAAGAUUGUAUGAGGAUAUCCAAGAUUACGAUGCUGCCAAAGCUUUAUUCCAGGAGAUUGCCGAGGAAUAUAAUGAGAGUCAUACAGCUAUGAAUCUUGUGUUGUUUGACGAUGCUCUAGAACAUUUAACACGUAUAUGUCGUGUAAUCCGUAUGGACCAAGGACACGCCCUCUUAGUGGGUGUGGGCGGUAGUGGCAAACAGAGUUUAUGUAAAUUAGCUUCAUUCACGUCAGGCUGUGAGGUGUUUGAGAUACAACUUAGUAGAGGAUAUAGUGAACAAUCAUUUAGAGAAGACUUAAAGGUUUUAUAUAAUAAACUCGGAACAGAAAAUAAGAAAAUGGUAUUCCUGUUUACAGAUCAGCAUGUUGCAGAAGAAGGGUUUUUGGAGAACAUCAAUAAUAUGUUGACAUCUGGUAUGGUACCAGCACUCUACCCAGAUGAUGAAAAAGAACAAAUUAUUGGAAAUAUCCGACAAGAGGCCAUGAAUGCUGGUGCUGGACACGCACGCGAGAGUAUCUGGCAAUAUUUUGUCACCAAAUGUUCCAACAAUUUACAUAUUGUAUUAGCUAUGUCACCUGUUGGAGAUGCCCUCAGGACACGCUGCAGAAACUUCCCCGGUAUGGUUAAUUGUGCAAACAUUGAUUGGUUUUUCCCAUGGCCAGAACAAGCCCUGUACGCUGUAGCUAGUGUCUUUAUUUCACCAGAUAAUCCCCUGAUAGCAGACGACAUGCGUGAUCAUGUUGUAGAACAUAUCGUCCUUGUACACAGCAGUGUCGGUGCUUACAGUAAGCAGUUUGCCCAGAGAUUGAGGAGAAGCAAUUACGUAACACCCAAAAAUUACCUUGACUUUAUAAACACAUACCUAAAACUUCUUCAAGAUAAAGAUAACUUCAAUCAAGCACAGUGUGACCGUCUGGCCGGAGGUUUACAGAAGAUUGCCGAGGCUAGUGAACAGCUUGCCAUUCUCAAUGAAAAGUUAGCUGUACAGAAAGUUGCUGUAACAGAGAAAACAGCUGCUUGUGAAGAGCUUCUUAAAGUAAUUGCCUCGGGUACCAAACGUGCUACAGAGAAGAAGAAGCUCGCUGAAGCUAAGGGAAAAGAAAUUGCAGAAUCCAGCAAAAUCAUUGAAGUGGAAAAGAAAGACGCAGAGGAAGCUCUAGCCGCUGCUCUUCCUGCUCUAGAAGCUGCCAGACUGGCUCUUGAUGACCUUGAUAAGUCUGAUGUCACUGAAAUUAGAUCUUUUGCCAAGCCCCCGAAAGCUGUACAGACAAUUUGUGAAUGUGUAGUCAUUCUGAGAGGUAUCCGUGAAGUUUCAUGGAAAUCAGCCAAAGCUAUGAUGGCUGAGGCUAACUUUUUGGCUGCUCUGAAAAAGAUGGAUGUUGACAGUAUAACACAAAAACAGACAGGAGCUACAAAAACAUUAUUAAAGGAGAUAGAUAUCAGUAUAGAUGAGAUGAAGGCAGUCAGUAGAGCAGGUGCUGGUCUCCUCAAGUUUGUUGAUGCCAUCCUUGGUUACUGUGCUGUUGCUAGGGAAAUCAAACCUAAGAGAGAAAAGGUGGCAAAACUUGAAAGAAAUUACUUCCAAGCCAAGCGUGAUUUGGAUAAGAUUACAAAUGAAGUAAACUCUCUAGAGAAAGAACUUGCAGAUUUGGGACUUAAAUACGAGGAGGCCAUGGCAGAACAAAAGAAGCUGUCUGAUGAAGCAGCCAUUAUGGAACGACGUUUAAUUGCUGCUGAUAAGUUGAUCUCGGGUCUAGGCUCUGAGAAUGUUAGAUGGAACAAUGACUUACAGCAGUUAAAGGGCCAGCGUGUAAGGUUGCUAGGUGACUGUCUGAUCGGCUCAGCUUUCCUCAGUUAUGUAGGAGCUUUCAGCUGGGAGUUCCGUAAUGACCUUGUCAAUCUUGAGUGGCUGAAAAAUCUCAAGGAAAAAGGAGUACCUCUCAGUGAUCCUUUUAAACUGGAAGAUCUGCUCACAAAUGAUGUGGAAAUCAGCAAAUGGACAUCAGAGAAUCUGCCACCAGAUGAGUUAUCUAUACAGAACGGAAUGUUGACCACUCGGGCAAGCAGGUUUCCUCUAUGUAUAGAUCCACAACAACAAGCAUUGAACUGGAUCAAGAAAAAGGAGGAGGCUAAUAAUCUCAAGGUGUGCACCUUCAAUGACCCAGAUUUCCUGAAGCAGCUAGAGUUGGCCAUCAAGUAUGGUUUCCCAUUCCUGUUUAAAGACGUAGAUGAGUACAUAGAUCCUGUAAUUGACAAUGUACUGGAGAAGAACAUUAAAGGUGGUCAAGGGCGUGAGUUUGUGAUCCUUGGAGACAAAGAGGUGGAUUAUGACCCCAACUUUCGUCUCUACUUGAACACAAAACUCGCCAACCCGAAAUACUCCCCCAAUGUGUUUGGUAAAUCUAUGGUCAUCAACUACACUGUGACAUUGAAGGGUUUAGAGGAUCAGUUAUUGAGUGUGAUAGUGAAGUUUGAGAGACGAGAGCUGGAGGAACAACGUGAAAGACUCAUCCAGGAGACCAGUAUGAACAAGAAACUUCUGAAAGACCUGGAAGAUUCUCUACUGAGAGAGUUAGCUCAGUCACAGGGAAACAUGUUGGAUAAUACUGAACUUAUUUCAACACUGGAGGAGACAAAAACAAAAGCCACUGAGGUGUCAGAGAAACUGAAGCUAGGAGCCAAAACAGCCUUAGAUAUUGAUAAACUGAGAGAUGGGUACCGUCCGGCAGCUAGGAGGGGAGCCAUUUUGUUUUUCGUGUUGGCAGAUCUGUCAUCUAUCAACAGCAUGUACCAGUACUCCCUGUCAUCAUACCUGGAGGUAUUUGAGUAUUCACUGAAGAAGAGUAUGCCAGAUACAAUCCUACAGAAACGAUUGAAGAAUAUAAUGGACACACUAACACAUAAUGUAUAUGAUUACGGCUGUACAGGUAUAUUUGAGAAGCAUAAGCUGUUAUUCUCCUUCCAAAUCUGUAUCAAACUGGAACAAGAUCUUCAGCAUGUACAACAAGACGAAGUGGACUUCUUUAUCAAGGGUAAUAUUGCAUUAGAGAAGAGUAAACGUAAGAAACCAUAUGCCUGGUUCCCAGAUGAGGGCUGGGAAGAUGCGAUACGAUUGGCUGAGGUGUUCCCAGAUAACUUUAGUUCCCUGCUUGAAGAUAUUGAAAAGAAUGAAAAGCCUUGGAAGAGGUGGUAUGAUCAUGACACACCAGAGUCUCAACCAUUCCCACUGAAAUAUCAGGACAGUCUACAAGGAUUCAAGCGCCUUAUGUUACUCCGAUGUUUCCGUGUUGAUCGUAUAUACAGGGCCAUCACAGAGUUUGUAACAAAAUGCAUGAGUGAGAAAUAUGUUACCCCACCCAUCAUCAGUUAUGAGGCUAUAUACGAGCAGAGUACCCCUAUGUCCCCUAUUGUGUUUAUUCUGAGUCCAGGAUCUGAUCCUGCCAGUGAUCUCAUGAAGCUGGCAGAGAGGAUUGAGUUUGGAAGCAACAAGAUUAAGUUCCUGUCUAUGGGUCAAGGUCAAGAAAAGGUUGCCCUACAACUAUUGGAGACAGCUAUAUCUCGUGGUCAGUGGCUGAUGUUACAGAACUGUCAUUUGUUGGUGAAAUGGUUGCGUGAUUUGGAGAAACAGCUGGAGAAACUUACCAAACCUCAUCCAGACUUCCGUCUCUGGCUCACUACAGAACCUAUACUUGCUUUCCCCAUUGGUAUAUUACAGAGAUCUCUUAAGGUUGUGACAGAACCUCCCAAUGGUUUAAAACUGAACUUGAGGAACACAUAUCACAAGAUUUCCAACACAGCCUUGACAGAAUGUCCACAUCAGGCUUUCCCAGCUCUCAUAUUUGUGCUGGCAUUCUUCCAUGCUGUUGUACAAGAGAGAAGGAAAUAUGGCAAGAUUGGCUGGAAUAUUCCAUAUGACUUUAAUGAAUCUGAUUUCUCAGUGUGUAUGGAGAUAUUGAAAACAUAUCUACAGAAAUCAUUUGACCUUGGAGAGGCUAAGAUACCUUGGAACAGCUUGAAGUACCUCAUCGGUGAGGUGAUGUAUGGAGGACGUGCUAUUGACAACUUUGAUCGUCGUAUAUUGAACACGUACAUGAGUGAAUACAUGGGAGACUUCAUUUUCGAUACAUUCCAACCAUUCCAUUUCUAUCACAAUGAAGAAGUAGAUUACAGGAUCCCAGAAGAUGGUCCACGAGACAACUAUACUGAUUUCAUAGAGGAGUUACCACUAGCGAACACACCUGAGGUGUUUGGUCUUCAUCCUAAUGCUGAGAUUGGGUAUUAUACCCAGGCUGCCAGAGAUAUGUGGCUACAUUUGGUGGAGCUACAACCACAGACAGGUGAGAGUUCAUCGGGCAUCAGUCGUGAAGAUUUCAUUGAAAAGAUUGCUACUGAUGUGGAAGGUAAGAUCCCGGAGCAGUUUGAAUUAGACAAGAUACGUAAGAAGUUUGGGCUAGAGAUUUCACCAACAACUGUCGUACUGUUGCAAGAACUUGAGAGAUGGAAUUUGCUUGUCAACAGAAUGAAACGAUCCCUUGUUACACUGAAGAGGGCUUUGGCUGGUGAGGUUGGUAUGUCAAGUGAGCUGGAUGAUGUAGCUAAGUCAUUGUUCAAUGGUCAAAUACCCUCUAUCUGGCGCAGACUCGCACCUGAGACUCUCAAAUCCCUCGGUAACUGGAUCAUCCACUUUGAAAAUAGAUAUAAACAGUACAAUGGCUGGGUCAAUGAGGGAGAGCCAGCUGUCAUGUGGUUGUCUGGUCUUCAUAUCCCAGAAUCCUACCUAACUGCUCUUGUGCAGGCUACCUGUAGGAAGAAUGGAUGGCCCCUGGACAAGUCUACCCUGUAUACCUCGGUCACAAAAUGGUCAAACCCAGAUGAUGUCACAGAAAAGGCACAUCAAGGAUGUUUUGUACAUGGCCUGUAUUUGGAGGGAGCAGGUUGGAAUCGUGAGGAAAUGUGUCUGAUAAAACAGAAACCUAAACAGUUGAUACAAGAGUUACCUAUCCUGAAGAUUAUACCAAUUGAGGCUCACAGGCUGAAACUUCAGAAUACAUUCCGUACACCGGUGUAUGUGACGUCACAGAGACGUAAUGCUAUGGGAGUAGGUCUAGUGUUUGAGGCUGACUUGGCCACCACUGAACAUAUCAGUCAUUGGGUGUUGCAGGGAGUCUGUCUUACACUAAAUACAGACUAAAAUGUUGAUCUUACACUAAAUACAGACUAAAAUGUGGAUCUUACACUAAAUACAGACUAAAAUGUGGAUCUUACACUAAAUACAGACUAAAAUGUGGAUCUUACACUAAAUACAGACUAAAAUGUGAAUCUUACACUAAAUACAGACUAUAAUGUGGAUUUACACCAAAUACAAACUGAACUUUGUGAUGUUAAAAAGAUAACAUUUAAAUAUCUAAACAAACGUUGCCAGCAUCAUCAACAUAUAAAAUCAACAUAAUGAGUAGAUAGAAGAACAAAGUAUAGAAAAAUAUAUAAAUCGUUUAUUAUUCAACCAUGAUUGUGAAUAUAUAAGAAUUGUUUGUGAGAACUUUAUUGUAUUGUCAAAUUUCAGUUUUGAUUCAAAAGAAUGAAAUUCCAUGAAAACUGUGCACUAUUAGAUACUUAAGUUGAUUUUUACAUUCCGUCCAUUGGAUCUCAGUGAAAAAAGAUAUGUGAUAAUUAUUAUACACAUUAUUUAUAAAGACAGUAUUUAUAAUUGUUUUUUUUUUUUUAAAGCGUUUUUUCAAUGUAUUAUUUAUUUUUGCCAAAAACAAAAACACAAUUGUUUUUAAAAAAGGUAAUAAAUUGUUAAAUGUAGGAAAAAUGUACCGAAAAAACUUUAAGACAAAGGGAAUGUUGUUGUUUUUUUUUUUCAACAUUCCAUGAAAAUCAUUUAUUUAUUAUAUGUAAAUUUUCUAUGUUAAAGCAAAUGUGAUACAGUUAUUCCGUCCAUAUAUAUUUUAUAUAUACAAUCUAAUGAACAUUCUGUUACAUUUUAAGAUCUCUUUUUUGUUUUGAAUCAGUAUUUAAUUGAUGAUGGUAUUUAUAUAUAUAUUAGAGAGUUUGCAAUUUAGGAGAGAAAUUGCAAUUAAGGGACAAAGAAAAAUAAUCUAUAGAAAAAAACAAACGGUUUUGUUCUUGUUGAACUAUUUAUUUUCAAGUUUUCCUUUUGUGAAGUAAAUUUGAAACAUCAAA